CAAGCAGCAUGGGGUGGCUGGGCUUUCUCGGGCUGUGCCUGGCUCUGUGCUGCAGUGCUGUCGACGGAUCUGAGGCGUCCGUCCGGCUGUCAGGCCGCCACUCACGCUGCAGUGGGCACGUAGAGGUCUACCAUGGCGGCCGCUGGGGCACCGUGUGUGACGACGGCUGGACCACGGUCAACUCUGACGUGGUGUGCCGGGAGCUGGGCUGUGGUGUGGCGCGGCCCGUGCUCCGGCGGCCUGUGGACUGGCCCCGUUUCGUCCCGAGCAAGGGGCAGAUCUGGCUGGACGAUGUCCGCUGCAGAGGUCACGAGGGGAGCCUGCGGGACUGCGCCCACCGCAUCUGGGGGUAUCACGACUGCACCCACACCGAGGAUGUCAGUGUGGUCUGCCAGGAUGCCUGAGCACCACACCUCCACCCUCAGACCCACCCUGCUCCCAGCAGCCACCACAUCCCCCACCAGAGCAUCCCAUCUGCAACCUCUCCGGGGCAGCCCCCAGUCCCUGGCUCCAGGAAGGACUCUGCAUAUGGUGGGCUUCCCCCAGAAGUGGCCUGCAAAGGGAGCAGGGGUGCCUUGUAACUUCUGCACUGAGGUGCCUGCUGGAUACACCCCUGACCUCCGCUCUCUGCCCCUGCUAAAUCAUUAAACAUGGAAAACUCGA